AUGGCAGGACUCGACCUCGGCACCGCCGCGACGCGCUACGUGCACCAGUUCCACCACCUCCACCCCGACCUCCAGCUGCAGCAACAGCAGCAGCAGAACAGCUACGUCAACGCCAAGCAGCAGCAGCACGAUCCCGCCGACGACAACGACAACAACGGCAACUACGGCGGCAACGGUAACUACGGCGGCGGUGGAGAAAACAACGACGGCGGCUCAUCGUCCUCCGGCCCCGCCGGCGAUGGAGGCGGCGGCGGCGGCCACGGUGACGUGGUGGCUCGCCGUCCACGCGGCCGCCCGCCUGGUUCAAAGAACAAGCCGAAGCCACCGGUGAUCAUCACGCGGGAGAGCGCCAACACGCUGCGCGCCCACAUCCUGGAGGUCGGGAGCGGCUGCGACGUGUUCGAGUGCAUCUCCACGUACGCGUGCCGGCGGCAGCGCGGUGUGUGCGUGCUCAGCGGCAGCGGCGUGGUGACCAACGUGACGCUGCGGCAGCCGUCGGCGCCGGCUGGAUCCGUGGUCACGCUGCACGGCAGGUUCGAGAUCCUGUCACUCUCGGGCUCCUUCCUCCCGCCACCGGCUCCACCCGGCGCCACAAGCCUCACCAUAUUCCUCGCGGGAGGGCAGGGCCAGGUUGUCGGCGGCAACGUCGUGGGCGCGCUCUAUGCCGCGGGCCCCGUUAUUGUGAUCGCGGCCUCCUUCGCCAACGUCGCCUACGAGCGCCUCCCGCUCGAGGACGAGCAAGAGGCCCAGGCUGCGGCGGCGGCGGCGGGGAUGCAGAUGCAGCAGCCGGGUGAUACCGAUGCCGCGGGCGGCAUGGGCGGGGGCGGCGUGCCGUUCCCUCCCGACCCGUCGGCAGCUGGGCUGCCGUUCUUCAACCAGCUUCCUCUCGGCAACAUGGGUGGAGGCGGUGCUGGGUCGCAGCUCCCACCCGGCGCCGACGGCCACGGAUGGGGCGGCGGACGGCCGCAGUUCUGA